CGGGCCCGAGUGUCCACUGCAGCGCCUUCGGCCUGCCUCGCGGCCAGCUUCCUGCGGGUAGCGGCCCGUCUGCGCAGAGGGAUGGGCCGGGACUGACUGUGCUGGAGCCCCAGCCAGAGGCGUGCAGCCGGCCCCAGCCGGGCCCAGGGGCGUGCAGCCGGGUCGGGGAUGUGCAGCCGGGCCCAGGGGCGUGCAGCCGGGUCGGGGAUGUGCAGCCGGGCCCAGGGGCGUGCAGCCGCGCCGGGGAUGUGCGGACGGAACGGGACGGGCCGUGGCGGCUGAGAAGAGCCUCCGCCCAGAGCCCGGCACCCGCCGGCCUCUCCGCUGGCCCCGUGAGGCCCCGCCCCGGAGGCUCGGCCCCGCCCCCAGGCGCGUGUCCCGCUCGGACUGGGAGGGAGUCCUUAAGACCCGAGUCUUACGGAGCAGAGAGGCUCCGAUCUCUGGGGCGCCGCGGGGCCGGGAACCCGAGGGUCUUCCUCGCACCUGCUCUGCUCCCCCUCCAGCGGGGACCUCGAGGUUAGAGGCUGUUGCUAGGCCGAGGGACACGCAGGCACUGCUGUCCACAGCACCAACCAUGGAGAUUCAUGUGGAACGGCCCCUGCUGAACCAGGAGCAGCUGGAGCAGCUGGGGCACUGGGGCCCUGCACCUAGGACCUAUCAGUGGCGAACCUGGUUUCAGUGCUCCCGUUCUCGGGCCCAUGGCCUUCUACUCAAAUACCUCCCGGUCUUGGGCUGGUUACCCCACUAUCGUGUGCGUGAGUGGCUCCUGGGUGACUUGUUGUCUGGCCUGAGUGUGGCUAUCAUGCAGCUUCCACAGGGCUUGGCCUACGCCCUCCUGGCCGGGUUGCCGCCCGUGUUUGGCCUCUACAGCUCCUUCUACCCUGUCUUCGUUUACUUCCUGUUUGGUACUUCCCGACACAUCUCUGUGGGGACCUUUGCUAUCAUGUCUGUGAUGGUGGGCAGCUUGACCGAAUCCAUGGUCCCGGAAGAGGACGUCCAGCAGGGCUUGAACUCCACCGUCGAGAACUCCACCAGCAGUGACCAUGUGCAGCAGGCCACCCAGAAUGCCCGCGUAGAGCUGGCCUUCACGCUCAGUGUCCUGGUGGGCCUCUUCCAGGUGGCACUGGGCCUGGUGCAGUUUGGCUUUGUGGUUACCUACCUGUCUGAGCCGCUGGUGCGCGGCUACACCACCGCUGCGUCUAUCCAGGUCCUCGUCUCACAGCUCAAGUAUGUGUUCGGCCUCCAGCUAGGCAGGAGCCGCUCAGGGCCCCUGUCCCUUGUCAAGACUUUUGUGGAGGUCUGCCGGAAGCUGCCUGAGACUGUGGUUGGCACCAUGGUCACUGCGAUUGUGGCCGGGGUGGCACUCCUGAUGGUGAAGAUACUGAAUGACAAGCUCCAUCAGCAUCUGCCUCUGCCAAUACCUGGGGAGCUGCUCACGCUCAUUGUGGCCACCGGCAUCUCCUAUGGCGUGAACCUGAACAAGACAUUUGGCGUGGACAUCGUGGGCACCAUCCCCGCAGGGCUGGUCCCCCCGAAGGCCCCCAACCCGCAGCUGUUCGCCAGGCUGGUGGGAAAUGCCUUCGCCAUCGCCGUGGUUGGGUUCGCCAUUGCCAUCUCACUGGGGAAGAUCUUCGCCCUGAGACACGGCUACCGCGUGGACAGCAACCAGGAGCUGGUGGCCCUCGGCCUCAGUAACUUCAUCGGGGGCUUAUUCCAGUGCUUCCCUGUGAGCUGCUCCAUGUCCCGGAGCCUGGUACAGGAGACCACCGGGGGCAACACACAGGUUGCCGGAGCCGUCUCUUCCCUCUUCAUCCUCAUCAUCAUCCUCAAACUUGGCGAACUCUUCCAAGACCUGCCCAAGGCAGUGCUGGCAGCGAUCAUCCUCGUGAACCUGAAGGGCAUGCUGAAGCAGUUCGCUGACAUAUGGUCCCUCUGGAAGGCAAACAGACUUGACUUACUUAUCUGGCUGGUGACCUUUGUGGCCACCAUCCUGUUGGACCUGGACCUUGGCCUGGCGGUAGCGAUAGGCUUCUCCCUGCUGCUCGUGGUGGUCCGAACGCAGCUGCCCCGCUACUCCAUCCUGGGGCAGGUGCCAGACACGGACAUUUACAGAGAUGUGGCAGAGUACUCAGAGGCCAAGGAGGUGCCCGGCGUGAAGGUCUUCCGCUCCUCAGCCACCUUGUACUUUGCCAACGCCGAGCUCUACAGUGACGCGCUGAAGCAGAGGUGCGGGGUAGAUGUCGAACAUCUCCUGGCCCAGAAGAAGAAGCGGCUGAGGAGGCAGGAGCGGAGGCUGAAGCGACAGCAGAAGGAACAGCAGAAGCAACAGCAGAAGCAACAGCGGAAAGCCAAACAGGCCGCCUCUCCCAACGGCACCUCCAUCUCUGUCGCUGUGGACGCCAGCCUUGGAGACCUUAAGGGCAGGGAUGUGGAGGACUCCAGGGCCAAGGUGAGCCCAGCGAAUGCGCAGGAGGACGUGGCAGCAGGGGGGCAGGAAGAGGCCAGGGCCCCGGAGGCCUCCACGCUGAAGGCCCUGGGCCUGCCUCGGCCGGACUUCCACAGCCUCGUCCUGGACCUGGGCGCGCUCUCCUUUGUGGACACGGUGUGCAUCAAAAGCCUGAAGAAUAUUUUCCGUGACUUCCGCGAGAUCGAGGUGGAGGUGUACAUCGCAGCCUGCCACAGCCCCGUGGUCACCCAGCUCGAGGCUGGGCACUUCUUCGACGCGUCCAUCACUAAGCAGCAUGUCUUCGUCUCUGUCCAUGACGCUGUGACCUUUGCCCUCCAGCACUCACGGUCUGGCCCCAGCAGCCCCGUUCUGGCCACCAAACUCUGACUGCUGCCAGCGGCCGACGCUGCCCACCUCUGGAGGCGGCAGUGGAGCCCGCUCGAGGAGCCCCUACUCUGGCCACCUCUGGGAGCCGCCCAGGAGUCCCCUCCACGCGCACACACGAAACUCAGGGACGGAGGUCCUGGGACUCCAAGUGCAGUGCGGUCGGCCGGGGCAGGGUGCUGCAGUCAGGCUGGCCUUGGCUGGGUGCAGGGAGGAGCCAGUGUGUGUUUCCGGCUCAGGAAUAAAGUCGUGUCUCCUCGUCCA